AUGUCAGCCACUAGUACUGUUCCUUCAGAUAUAGCAUCGACAUCAGCCACUACUCCUGCAAUGUCAGCCACUAGUACCGUUCCUUCAGAUAUAGCAUCCACAUCAGCCUCCACUCCUGCAUUGUCAGCCACUAGGCACCGUUCCUUCAGAUAUAGCAUCCACAUCAGCCUCCACUCCUUGCAUUGUCAGCCACUAGUACCGUUCCUUCAGAUAUAUAGCAUCGACAUCAGCCUCCACUCCUGCAUUUACCGUUCCUUCAGAUAUACCAUCGACAUCAGCCUCCACCCUUGCAAUCAGCCACCUAGUACCGUUCCUUCAGAUAUAGCAUCAUCAGCCUCCACUUCCUGCAUUGUCUGCCACUAUUACCGUUCCUUCAGAUAUAGCAUCGACAUCAGCCUCCACUCCGCAUUGUCAGCCACUGAUCCUUUCCAGAUAUAUAGCAUCGACAUCAGCCUCCAAUCACUGUGCAAUGUCGCCACUAGUACCCUUCCUUCAGAUAUAGCAUCCACGACCUCCAUCCUGCAUUGUUUUGCCACUAGUACCGUUCCUGCAUUCAGUCCGCAGUCAGCCACUAGUACCGUUCCUAGAUAUAGCAUCCAUCAGCCUCCAAUCCGCAAUCCACUCGUACUCGUUCCAAUUCCUCAUAUAGCAUCGACAUCAGCCUCCAAUCCUGCAAUGUCAGCCACUAGUACCCUUCCUUCCAGAUAUAGCAUCCACAUUAGCCUCCUCCUCCUGCAUUAUAUAGCAUCCACAUCCACUCCUGCAGUCCUUCCUUCCACAGAUAUAGCAUCCACAUCCUGCAUUGUCAUGUCCUUCAGAUAUAGCCACUACCACUGGUACCGUUCCUUCGAACAGCACAUCCAUCAGCCUCCACUCCCUGCAAUGUCAGCCUGGUACCGUUCCUUCAGAUAUAGCAUCCACAUCAGCCUCCACCCCUGCAUGUCAGCCACUAGUACCGUUCCUUCAGAUAUAGCAUCACAUCAGCCUCCUCCUGCAUUGUCAGCCACUAGUACCGUUCCUUCAGAUAUAGCAUCGACAUCAGCCUCCACUCCUGCAAUGUCAGCCACUAGUACCGUUCCUUCAGAUAUAGCAUCCACAUCAGCCUCCCUGCUCCUGCAAUCCCUAGUACCGUUCCUUCAGAUGCAUAGCAUCACAUCAGCCUCCACUCCUGCAAUGUCAGCCACUGGUACCGUUCCUUCAGAUAUAGCAUCCACAUCAGCCUCCACUCCUGCAUUGUCAGCCACUAGUACCGUUCAACUUAGAUAUGCAUCCACAUCAGCUUCCUCCUGCUGCAAUGUCCUUCAGUAUAGCAUCCACCGCCUCCACUCCUCAAUGUCAUAUACCGUUCCUUCAGAUAUAGCAUCACAUCAGCCUCCCUUUCCUGCAAUCCUCCCACUCCCUGCAUUGUCAGCCACUAGUACCGUUCCUUCAGAUAUAGCAUCCACAUCAGCCUCCACUCCUGCAUUGUCCCAGCCACUAGUACCGUUCCUUCAAGAUAUAGCAUCAUUGUCAGCCUCCACUCCUGCAAUGUCAGUCACUAGUACCGUUCCUUCAGAUAUAGCAUCCACAUCAGCCUCCACUCCUGCAAUGUCAGCCCAUAGUACCGUUCCUUCAGAUAUAGCAUCCAUCGGCCUCCACUCCUGCAUUUACCGUUCCUUCAGAUAUAGCAUCCACAUCAGCCUCCACUCCUGCAAUGUGUCAGCCACUAGUACCGUUCCUUCAGAUAUAGCAUCGACAUCAUGUCCCCCACUUCCUUCUGGCAUCCAUCAGCCUCCACUCCCUGCAAUGUCAGCCAUAGUACCGUUUUCCUUCAGAUAUAGCAUCGACAUCAGCCUGCCCAAUCAGUCACUAAUUGCGUUCACUGAAUAUAGUCCACAUCAGCCUCCACUCCUGCAAUGUCACCGUUCCUUCAGAUAUAGCAUCGACAUCAGCCUCUCAUCCUGCAUUGUCAGCCACUCCACCGUUCCUUCAGAUAUAGCAUCCACAUCAGCCUCCACUCAUUGUCAGCCUACCGUUCAGCCUCCACCCUGCAAUGUCAGCCCACUAGAUAUAGAAUCGACAUCAGCCUCCAUUCCCUGCAAUGUCAGCCAUCAGUACCGUUCCUUCAGAUAUAGCAUCCACAUCAGCCUCCACUCUGCAUUGUCAGCCACUAGUACCGUUCCUUCAGAUAUAGCAUCCACAUCAGCCUCCACCCUCCAAUCCACUAGUACCGUUCCUUCAGAUAUAGCAUCCACAUCAGCCUCCACUCCUGCAAUGUCAGCCACUAGUACCGUUCCUUCAGAUAUAGCAUCCACAUCAGCCUCCACUCCUGCAAUGUCAGCCACUAGUACCGUUCCUUCAGAUAUAGCAUCCACAUCAGCCUCCACUCCUGCAUUGUCAAACACUAGUACCGUUCCUUCAGAUAUAGCAUCCACAUCAGCCUCCACUCCUGCAAUGUCAGCCACUAGUACCGUUCCUUCAGAUAUAGCAUCCACAUCAGCCUCCACUCUGCAAUCCACUAGUACCGUUCCUUCAGAUAUAGCAUCCACAUCAGCCUCCACUCCUGCAAUGUCAGCCACUUACCGUCCUUCAGAUAUAGAAUCCAGCUACUCCUGCAAUGUACCCGUUCCUUCAGAUAUAGCAUCCACAUCAGCCUCCACUCCUGCAAUUGUCAGCCACUAUACCGUUCCUUCAGAUAUAGCAUCCAUCAGCCUCCACCACCCCUCAAUGUCAGCCACUAGUAACGUUCCUUCCAGAUAUAGCAUCCACAUCAGCUUCCACUCCCCUGCAAUGUCAGCCACUAGUACCGUUCCUUCAGAUAUAGCAUCCACAUCAGCCUCCACCCUGCAAUGUCAGCCACUAGUACCGUUCCUUCAGAUAUAG